AUGUCAUCGCGGGGAUACUUGGCUACGGUGAACGAGCGGGUGGUGGCUAUUGUACAAAUUGAGUCCCUGAAGGCUGUGGGAAACUGUGAGGAGAUAGCCGCAGUGGACGGGGUCGAUAUGCUCUUCGUCGGGCCGAAUGAUCUGGCGAUCUCAAUGGGCUACGUUGCGUUAGACUCUAACCAUGGAAGCAUUGGAGAGGUGCUCAUGGCUAUUGCGAGGGUUUUAAAGGCUGCGAAGGACGCAGGGAAGUAUGCGGGCCAUUUUGCGUUGGGGCAGAAGAGGUAG